AACAAUUGUGGAUCUUCGACACUCCAUAUGAUGAACACCACCACCGUAUCAUAGUCAACCGACCCAAACAAAUCCCCCAUACGUAUUCGAUACCAAAUCGAUCAAAUUAGAUUCACACACAUCUUCUUCUUCCCAAUUUCUCACUCAUCCAAUAAACCCUAAUCGAUAGCACAGUAAACCUAUUCAUUCUCUCUCUCACACACACGUAGUGAUUCUAGGUUUAAUUUUAACAAACCCUAGGCAAUAUUCACCGACAAUUUGUUACAGAUUGUUGGAUUAAUUGAGAUUGUACGAAAGAAAUUGAGGAAUUUUGGUAUUUAGUGGAUGGUCUCAUGGGCGCUACGGGGUCUAAGCUCGAGAAAGCUCUAGGAGACCAGUUUCCGGAAGGCGAACGGUAUUUCGGACUUGAAAACUUCGGGAAUACUUGCUAUUGCAACAGCGUUUUGCAGGCCCUUUAUUUCUGUGUUCCAUUUCGUGAACAGCUUCUUGAAUACUAUGGAAACGGUAAAAAUACAGGAGAUGUGGAAGAGAAUCUCCUUACUUGUUUAGCCGAAUUGUUCAUGCAGAUUAGUACACAAAAGAAGAAAACAGGUGUUAUUGCUCCAAAGCGCUUUGUACAAAGAGUCAAGAAAGAAAAUGAGCUAUUCCGUGGUUACAUGCAUCAGGAUGCACACGAGUUUUUGAACUUCUUGUUAAACGAUCUUGUUGACAUACUAGAGAAAGAAGCAGCAAAAGGUCCAGCAGAAGGUUUAUCACCUCCUCAAAAGAUUGUUAACGGGCCACAUGGUGGUCAUGUCAACGGUGUAAAGAAAGAGCCCCUAGUUACCUGGGUUCACAAAAACUUUCAAGGUAUACUCACGAAUGAGACAAGGUGUUUAAGGUGCGAGACCGUGACUGCAAGAGACGAGACUUUCUUAGAUCUAAGCCUUGAUAUAGAGCAGAACAGUUCAAUCACAAGUUGUUUAAAAAACUUCAGCUCCACCGAAACCUUGAACGCUGAGGAUAAGUUUUUCUGUGAUAAAUGCUGCAGUUUGCAGGAAGCACAAAAGAGGAUGAAGAUUAAAAAACCGCCCCAUAUUUUGGUUAUACAUUUAAAACGUUUCAAGUACAUGGAACAACUCGGUAGGUACAAAAAACUAUCGUAUCGCGUGGUGUUCCCUCUGGAGCUAAAGCUGACAAACACCAUGGAAGACGCAGACUGUGAGUAUUCUUUAUUCGCGGUGGUGGUUCAUGUCGGCAGUGGGCCCAAUCAUGGCCAUUAUGUGAGUCUGGUGAAAAGCCACAACCACUGGCUAUUUUUUGACGAUGAGAAUGUGGAGAUGAUUGAAGAAUCGGCUAUUCAGACUGCCUUUGGUUCAGCUCAGGAGUAUGCAAGUAACACUGAUCAUGGGUAUAUUCUUUUCUAUGAGAGCCUUGCUAACAACUCGAGCUGAUAACGCGUAUGUUCAUUAUGAUAUAACUCUGUUGUUUAAUUGUUCUAUAUUUCGUCUUUAGUGGGACUAGAUCAGAGAAAGUAUAAUCACAUUCAUGUCGGUUAGAUGUACAGUUGAUUAAUGCUCUGCCAUUUUUCAAAGUACCUGUAAUGCAGUGGCUGCUAUGAUAGUUUUUUUUUUUUUUUUCAAUGUUUGGGACAUUCAAAUUUAUGGAAAUAAUGGAGAUUACCGAAGUUCAAAACUGUA